AUGAUUCGUCAUAAACUUCUGCAUAAGGAAGCAAACCGUUUUCAAUGUGAUGUGUGCAUGCGAAAUUUCUCCACUAAAAGUAAUGUGGCUAGUCAUAAGAUUCUGCAUGACGAAGAGAAACGUUUUCAAUGCGAUGUGUGCAUGCGAAAUUUCUCCAGAAAAAGUAGUUUGACUCGUCAUAAACCUCUGCAUAACAAAGCAAACCGUUUUCAAUGUGAUGUGUGCAUGCGAAAUUUUUCUCGUAAAGAUAAUUUGAUUCUUCAUAAUAAACUCAUGCAUAAAGAAGAUAAACGUUUUCACUGUGAUGUGUGCAUGCAAAGUUUCUCCAGAAAAAGUGAUAUGACUCGUCAUAAGAUUCUGCAUAACGAAGAUAAACAUUUUCAAUGUGAUGUUUGCAUGAAAACUUUUUCCUUUAGGCAUAGCUUGGUUCGCCACAUGCGCGUCCACACCGGCAACAAAUCUUUUCAUUGUGAAUUGUGCAAGAAAGGUUUCACUCAGAAAAAGGAUUUGGAUUUGCAUAAGUGUGAGGGUGCAAGCGAGAAGCUAUUGAAGCGUGGUGCUAGCAAGAAGAGUUUCACGUGCUCCGAAAACCUAGAAACACAUAAGAUGGGACAUGCAACAACGAAGGAUUGUAAUGAAUGCCUUAACAAUUCUACGAAUUCUGACAGUUUAAGAACAAAUGAGCGUACAUGCACUAUAUCUAUACCAUUUAAGAAACGAUUCACAGACUUUGGCACUUGGAAAGCAAAUAAUUGCUCGAGCACUGCAGAAUGA